AUGUCUCGCGAAGCCUACCAAGUCCCCUCGCUCGGCACCCAGAACGCCUUCGGUGAUGUCGGUGCCAGCUCCAUGGAUGGUCCCAUUGUCGCCUACCUCUGUGGCGAGUGCAACUCGCGCGUUUCGCUGAAGAGGGGCGAUCAGAUCCGUUGCAAGGAAUGUGGUCACCGUGUGUUGUACAAGGAGAGAACGAAGAGAAUGGUGCAGUUCGAAGCUCGGUAG